AUGGGACUUCCUCUUCCCAUGAAGAUCAAAACAAGCAUUCUGAUCAUUUUCAUUGUCUUCGUCACUAUUUUCCCAACUGCCUCUGGAAACAACUGCUCCUACUCAGUUGAGAUUGAGACAACCUGCGCACCAUCUGCUGAAACUGAAGAUCAUGUGGGUGUCAGAUUCAGCGACUCACUGGGAAAUUUGAUCGUCGUCAAGCAUCUGAAGAACCCCAAGCUAGUGUAUGCUCCAAAAGCCGGCUUAAAGAAGCAAGCCGGCGGUGCAUAUGGUGGGUUUCAACGCUGUGCCAUUGACGUGUUUGAGGCAAGUGGACCGUGCAUGAGCCGAAGGGUGUGCUCUCUGUACCUCAAGAAAGUCGGGUCGGAUGAUUGGAGACCCGGGUGGGUGAAGGUGCUCCAUCGUCAGGAUGGUGGGCAUGCAGAGCCAGUUUCUUACACGUUCUAUUUCAGGACAUUUGUGCCAGAAAAUGUGUGGUAUGGGUUUGAUUAUUGUCACUCAAGAGGGGGUUUUAGGCCUCAUGCUGCAGGUUUUGGUGGGUAA